AUGGCAGCUUUCGGCACAGUUCGCCGCCUUGUCAAAACCCCUUUGAUUCGAAGCUCUCCAUACAAAGCUGUGAGCAUCGUAGCGGCAGCUACAAGGCGUUGCAGGAAAUUUGGAGCCUCGUUCUCACGCCGGAGUCUCUACGACCUUCAAGUCAGGUGGUCAUCAACCCUGCCUCCGACGCCCAUAUUUGAGGCAAUCGCGAACCACGACCCAACCUCCUCUGCAAUCAUCCAUGGAGCGUCGGGACGCAAAUUCAGUUAUGGCAGCUUGCUACAUGACAUCGUGGCAGGAAGGGAUAGGCUGUCCGCACUGGCGGAGGGGAGGCCUCUGUCUGGGGAGAGGAUAGCAUUUCUUGCGGAAAAUAGCUAUGACUAUGUAGUGACGUUCCUCUCAAUCCUGUCUCACGACGCGAUUGCUGUGCCUUUGGCACACUCACAUCCCAUUUUGGAGCUGCGGUAUAUCCUCGAAAACAGUGAAGCGUCACUGUUCCUCUCUACAGAGAAAUUCCGGGAGAAAGCAAAGGAAGUCGUUAAAGAUGGUCGCCACACGCCCAAGCUAAAGAUCCUGUCGAAGGUGUAUCAGGGAGCUGAAGAGCGAGAGGCUAUCAGAUUCAACUCGGGAACUCUUGAAAAUGGUGGACUCAUGCUCUAUACUUCUGGAACCACCAACCGGCCGAAAGGCGUGGUCUUGUCCAUGUCCAAUAUGACAGCCCAAGCACGGUCACUGGUCGCGGCGUGGAAAUACUCCCCCUCCGACCUCCUCCUGCACGUUCUCCCUCUCCAUCACAUCCAUGGCACAAUCAAUGCACUCUUCGUACCACUCAUGGCGGGCAGUGCAAUCGAGUUUGCAUACCCUUUCAACCCAGAUACCGUGUGGAAACGUCUCGCAAUGCCAUUCCUCCCUUCAUCGUCACCCUCAGACGCACAGAGACGCCCUGUAACAUUCCUCACGGCGGUCCCAACCAUAUACAACCGCCUACUGGCUACCCACCCCACCUUGCCACCAAAAUUACAAUCUGCGACACGCAAAGCAAUAUCCCCAAAGCACCUGCGGCUCAACAUCUCGGGCUCUGCGGCCCUGCCAACUCCUAUUAAACAAGCAUGGACAAGCCUGUCAGGUGGAAACGUCCUGCUAGAGCGUUACGGAAUGACCGAAGUCGGCAUGGCUCUCUCCUGCGGCCUCGCGUUUGGGGAUCGCGUUGACGGCAGCGUCGGCUGGCCCCUCCCAGGUGUGGACGUCCGGCUCGUCGACACGGAGACAAACACUAUCAUUCCAUCAAGCGAGGAAUUUCACAAAGACACUGGAAAGCCACGGGAAGGAGAAAUCCAACUCCGUGGUCCCACCAUUUUCAGAGAGUACUUCCGGAACCCGACCGCCACGGUCAAAGAAUUUGUCGACCCGGAUGAUAAAGACACCAAUAGAGAGAAAUGGUUCAAGACAGGAGACAUUGCGGUCCGUCGAUCGAUCCCGGGCGCGGGCCAGAGCGAUCAGCCCUGGGCAAGGGGACCCAUGUACUUCAUCCUCGGGCGCCUCUCUGUUGACAUAAUCAAAGUCGGCGGUGAGAAAGUGUCUGCCCUUGAAAUAGAGCGCGAGUUACUCUCCCUACCAGAAAUAUCGGAGGCAGCCGUGGUGGGAUUGCCUGAUGAAAAAUGGGGCCAAAAGGUCGCGGCCGUGAUAGUAUUGAGCCAGAAGGGAAAUCUGGGGAAAGAGGGAGGAAAGGAUUGGGGAAUUAUGGAUUUGAGAAGGGCGCUGAAGAACAGGUUGGCUAUGCAUAAGAUGCCUGUCGAGGUUAGGGUCGUGCAGAGUAUACCCAGGAAUGCGAUGGGAAAGAUCAAUAAGAAGGUAUUGGUGAAGGAUGUUUUUGGCUGA